CUGGAACCGGAGAGGGAAGGGUCUGCUGACCGCGGGUUCCGGCCUGGAAAUGAGGCUGAGGGCCUCGAGGUAGCGGGAGAGAUCUAUAGGCGGAGCGACAGACCUGAAGGCAGCCACAUCGGGCCUAGAAGGAGUCCACGAAUUACCUAGAGAUUCGGUGGGAACUGCACCUGACUGUUGGAGGAGAUGCCGUACCUUGGCUCCGAAGACGCGGUGAAGGAGCUGAAGAAGGCUCUGUGUAACCCUCACAUUCAAGGUGAUAGGUUGCGCUACCGGAAUGCCAUCCAGCGAGUGAUUAGGCACAUGACUCAGGGCUUGGAUGUGUCUGGUGUUUUCAUGGAAAUGGUGAAGGCCAGUGCCACUGUAGAUAUUGUUCAGAAGAAGUUGGUAUAUCUGUACAUGUGCACAUAUGCCCCCCUGAAACCAGAUCUGGCACUCCUGGCUAUCAAUACACUGUGCAAAGACUGUUCGGACCCUAAUCCGAUGGUGCGAGGGCUGGCACUACGCAGCAUGUGUAGCCUCAGGAUGCCUGGUGUGCAGGAAUAUAUCCAACAGCCUAUUGUCAAUGGUCUGCGGGAUAAGGCUUCGUAUGUCAGGAGGGUAGCAGUCCUUGGUUGUGCCAAGAUGCAUAAUCUUCACGGAGACUCUGAAGUCGAUGGUGCCCUCGUAAAUGAAUUAUACAGUUUGCUGCGUGACCAGGAUCCAAUUGUGGUUGUGAACUGCCUGCGGUCUCUAGAGGAAAUUCUGAAAGAGGAAGGAGGUGUUGUCAUCAAUAAGCCCAUCGCCCACCAUCUCUUAAAUCGAAUGUCAAAGCUAGACCAAUGGGGUCAGGCGGAAGUAUUGAACUUUCUGCUACGCUACCAACCCCGCAGUGAGGAGGAGCUGUUUGACAUUCUUAAUCUGUUGGACACCUAUCUCAAGAGCAGUAGCCCUGGUGUGGUGAUGGGAGCCACCAAGCUCUUUCUGAUCUUGGCAAAAAAAUUUCCCCAUGUCCAAACUGAUGUGCUCAUGCAAGUCAAGGGAACUCUGCUGGCUGCCUGUUCUUCAGAGAUCCGUGAGCUCUGUUUUGCUGCCCUCUGUCAUGUGCGCCAGAUCUUGCACAGUUUGCCAGGUCACUUUAGCAGCCACUAUAAAAAGUUUUUCUGCUCCUACUCGGAGCCCCACUAUAUCAAGCUACAGAAGGUGGAGGUGCUGUGUGAGCUGGUGAAUGAUGAGAACGUGCAGCAGGUGCUAGAGGAGCUUCGAGGAUACUGUACAGAUGUGUCUGCCGACUUUGCACAGGCUGCCAUCUUUGCCAUAGGUGGCAUUGCAAGGACCUACACAGACCAAUGUGUGCAGAUUCUAACAGAGUUGCUGGGCCUUCGACAAGAGCACAUUACCACAGUGGUGGUACAAACUUUCCGAGACCUGGUGUGGUUGUGCCCUCAGUGUACGGAAGCUGUGUGUCAGGCCCUGCCCGGCUGUGAAGAGAACAUCCAAGAUAGCGAGGGGAAGCAGGCACUUAUUUGGCUACUUGGAGUCCAUGGGGAAAACAUCGCCAAUGCUCCAUAUAUAUUGGAAGACUUUGUAGAGAACGUGAAGUCAGAGACGUUUCCAGCUGUUAAGAUGGAGCUGCUCACUGCGCUGCUGCGCCUUUUCCUCUCACGACCUGCUGAGUGCCAGGACACGCUAGGGCGUUUGUUACAUUACUGCAUAGAGGAAGAAAAGGAUAUGGCAGUACGGGACCGAGGUCUCUUCUAUUAUCGCCUCCUCUUGUCUGGCAUUGAUGAAGUUAAGCGGAUCCUGUGUAGCCCAAAAUCUGACCCUUCUCUUGGACUUUUGGAGGACCAGACAGAAAGACCUGUGAAUAGCUGGGCCUCAGCCUUCAACACACUGGUGCCUGUAUAUGGCAAAGCCCGCUGGGCAGCCAUAUCUAAAUGCCAGGGGGCAGAGCGUCAUAAUCCAGAGCUUCCUAACACUGCAUCCUUUGCCACAUCAGGACCCCUGAUUCCUGCAGAGAACAAGGAGAGGGUAAAAGAACUCCCUGAUUCUGGAGCCCUCAUGCUAAUCCCCAAUCUCCAGCUUACUGCUGAGUAUUUUGAGAAAACCUGGCUUAGCCUCAAAGUUGCUCAUCAGCAAGUGUUCCCUUGGCAGGGAGCAGUCCAUCCUGACACCUUCCAGAUGGCCCUGCAGGUAGUGAACAUCCAGACCAUUGCAAUGAGUAGGGCUGGGGCUCAGCCAUGGAAAGCCUAUCUCAGUGCCCAGGAUGAUACUGGCUGUAUAUUCUUAACAGAACUGCUGUUGGACCCUGAGAACUUGGAAAUUCAGAUCUCUGUGAAACAAAACGAGGUGAGGACUGAGACACUGAACAGUUUCAUUUCUGUAUUAAAAACUGUGAUUGGAACAAUUGGAGCCGUAAAAUCAUAACAGGUUCUUGCUGCCUGUCUUGAGUGAGACAAAUAGCUAUCAGAGUUCCUUUUUUUUUUUUUUUCAUUAGAACUGCUUGUAAGUCCAGAUACUAUGAAAUGCGAAGGAGAAUGGGAAAUCUAGGAAUCAGGAUUCUUACAUUUUUGUCUAAACCAUUGAUUUACUCCUUUCAUAAUUAUUGGUGAAUGACCCUGUUUUUCUGGGUGGUGUUGUAAAGGUUAAUGUUGCUGGAAAGGGGACGGGAAUGGGAGGAUAGGAUUUGGAUUCUCUUCUAAUCAGUUUUAGGGAUUGUUUUACUAAUUAAAUUCCUGAAGUGUGUGGAAACUGAUGGAGUCGUCAUUUGUUGGGGUUAUCUUUCCUUCCUUGGAUAAUUGCAGUGAAUUCCUUACUGUUCUCAUAUUUCUAAUCAUGCUUUUAUGUCCCAGUCCAAAGUCUUUAGUGUGGUACCUCUUCAGUGUCUUGUCUCACCACUUCCCAAACACUUUCUGAUCUGGCAAAAGCAAACCACUUUGAGUUCCCCGAAUGCACUAAGCUCUCUCCUCUCUGUGCUCUAGCACUUGCUUUUAUAUCUUGCCUAGAACAUUUCCUUACCCUCAUACCUUAUUUAUUGAAGUAACACCUAGUCUGUCUCAAUGUUCAGCUCAGUCAUGGACUUUUUCUGGAAGUUUUCUGUGACCCUCACUGCCGUCAUUAAGGGUCUCACUCGGGCUGUCAGAGCAGUCAGUGCAUAUCUGGCAGCAUUAUUGUGAUUGUUUCCUUGUCACUCUUCUUUACUUUUAAUUUUAUUCAGACCUCACCAGAUUUAUACAUUAGUUGAGACAACUUACGGCAAGAACAGAUGAAAUAAAAUGGUAGGAAAGUAUAAAUAACCAGAGACUCCACAACUGGGAAAAUGCAAAUACCAGUUAAGACCAACAGGGUUAGGGAUGGAGGAGGACACAAAUGUUUAGGCUGAAAGGGCCUAUUGUUUGAUAGAGUUGAGCUUGAGAUUUAGCUCUGUCAGUGAUUUGGCAGUCAGAGUGAAGAGAAAUAAUGAUAUAGUUGUCAUGGGAGAGAAAGAAACAUUCCCAUUCUAAUUUCUGAAAAAUUUACAUGUAGUUUCAUAUAGGUGACACUGAGUAUGAUAUGUAUAAGAUUCCCAUGGGUUUCCCAAGAUAUGGUAUUCUUUAAUGAAAGCAGAGAGCAUGACUUUCACAUGGAGCUCAGUGGGAACAUUUCUUCAAGGAUGUAAGAUAGCAUAGUCCAGAUAUCCAGCUUUACAUAAAUCAACUGCAUAUCCUUCAAAUAAUUCAUCCAUCACCUCUCCCAACUAGGCACUUAAUAGGAGUAGAUAACAUGCCGUAUUGAAUUUUCUGGCAAAGGCCUAGGUUUUGUGAGUUGUUUGUCCCCCAGUGGACAAUUUCUAAGGACAGUGAUUGUCUUUCCUUCUGUCUCUGCAGUGCCUGCCACAUAGUGCUUACUCAAUAUGUAUUUAUUGAAUGGAUGGCUGUGAGUGAUUAGAUUCUGAUGUUGUUAGGGGAUUGGUGUUUGAAGUGUGUUUUAUUAUAUUGCAUCAACUAUACAAAAAAACAUAGAUGGGUAAGAUGAAUGAUGUCUAAAGAUCUAAUGUAAAAUAUCCUCACUAGAGUUGACAACAUUGUAUUGUAUAAUUGAAAUCUGCUAAAAGAAUAGAACUUAAAUAAAAUUUAUUGGAGAUCAAUUCAA